AUGAUUCGAGCAUGGCGGACAUGGCAGGUCGUCGAACAUGUAGCUAAGUGUAGAAGGGUGGCGCCUCUACAGAAUCUAAUAAAGCGAGACCCAGUGUCCUAUAAAGAAGAAUUCCUUCAGCAGUGGAAUCACUACAACAGUAUCCGGCAAAUAUUCAAAACGAAUGCCAACGAGCAGGCCCAACAUUACAAGGAACUCGUCAACUUCAUAUCUCAGGUGUCCACAUGCUAUCCUCGCGAAACAGCGGAAUUCCCUUCGCAGCUAUCCUCGCUUUUGCUCCAGAGUUAUGGCGUUCUUUCGCCGGACACUCGUAAAACGCUUGUACAGAACCUUGUAAUGCUCCGCAACAAGGAUGUUAUUUCAUCAAUAGAGUUGCUAAAGUCACUGUUCCCGCUCCUUCCUCGUACAUCUUCUUCCUCCCUUCGAUCUUACAUCCGCAAAACCAUUCUGUCCGAUAUAAAGGUCGCGAACCUACGUUCUCAAAAUCACAAGCUCAACAGAGCCGUCCAAGCCAUGCUCUUCGGCAUGGUGGAACGAGGAAUGUCUGCAGAAGUAAUCGGCGACAAGGGGAAACUUCGAGCCAUGAAUACGCCAACGAAUGAUCAAGAUAACCACCACGUCGACGAGGCCAUGUGGGCAGUGAUAUUGACGAAGGAACUUUGGAAGAAGGGCGUCUGGACCGACGCAAAAUCAGUGUCCAUUAUAGCCCAAGGAUGUUUUCAUCCCAUUACAAAGGUGCAAAGUGCAUCAUUGUAUUUCUUUCUUGGGAGUGAAGAAAGUGAAGAUCCCGAAGAUGAAGACGACGAUAAUGUGAACGUCAAGGCGCUUCAUCAUAGGCGUGAAAUUAAUAAAAAGACGAGAAGUGGAGACAACAAACUACGGAAACAACUCAAAACGGCCAAAAAGAAAUUGCACAACAAAGGCCCGACAUUGGCGAAUUUCUCGGCCAUUCAACUGUUACAUGACCCCCAAACGUUUGGAGAGAAACUUUACGAUAUGCUGAACACCUAUGACAAGCGCUUCUCUUUGGAUCACAAAAUUCUCAUCAUGCAACUGCUAUCUCGCGUCAUGGGGUCCCAUAAACUAUGUGUGCUCGGCUUUUAUACAUAUAUCAUGAAGUACCUCGUCUAUCGACAACUGCGCGUACCCAGCAUCCUCGUUACUUUGGCCCAAUCGGUACAUGACCUAACCCCACCGGAUGCUAUAACACCUGUGAUACGAAAGCUUGCCCAUGAGUUUGUCCAUCCAGGUGUUGCAAGUGAGGUCAUCGCAGCAGGACUCAAUGCUAUCCGGGAAGUCAGCAGAAGACAGCCAUGGGCAAUGGAGGAGGAUCUGCUCAGUGACUUAAUCGAGUAUAGGAAAAGCAAAGACAAAACCGUGACCGCUGCCGCUCGGGGUCUGCUCAGACUAUAUCGUGAAGUUAACCCGAAUAUGCUCAAGCGCCGAGAAAGAGGAAAAGAAGCCGCCCUUGGAUUUGCCACUGGCAGUGCUCCUUUACCUUACGGUCACAGUGCUGAAGCGGCCGUCAACAUUGAAGGUCUUUCUCUUUUGGAAGAUCACCUGCAGAAACUCCGCGAGGAAGAAGGCGUCAAUGAAGAGGACGAUGAGUCUAUGUGGCGAGGCUGGGACGUCGAUUCCGAUGAUUCGAGUGAUAGCUCAGACGAGGAAGAGUGGAUGAAUGUUGGUUCUGACUCCGACAAUGAUCUCGUCAUCGACGACAGUGACGAUGAGAAUGACCAGAAGAACGAUACCACUGAGCAAGCGGAAGUACCGAAGGAACACAGUGUUUCCACGUUGGCCACGACCAAGGCAAGGCCCUUUUUACCCUCUAUCCUAACGCCAGCAGAUUUCGCGUUACUCAAUGAUCUGCGAUUGCAGGCAGCUGCCAAAGCUGUGGAAACGACAGGGGGUAGCAAGGCUAAGCGAAAACUUGCUGAGCUGGAGGCUGCCGCGAAAUCGCGCUCUGCUGAUCAAAAUCCACAAGACGAAUUUAUUUCAGAAAACGACAUUCUCGGCCCUCGUAAGAAGGUCAAAGCCGACUACGCUGAGCGAGUGGCUUCUAUCCAGAAAGGACGCGAAGGACGUGACAAAUUUGGGUCCCACAAAGGCAAACAAAAUAAGGCCAUGCCCAGCAGCUCAACGAACCGAGAGAAGGCUAGAAACAAGCCUAUUAUGAUGGUGCUCAGCAGUGGAACCGUCAGGAGUAAGAAGAAGGCCUCUUUGAGGGAAAAGCAGCGAAAGCUUCGGGCGCAUAUAACGAGAUCCAAAAAAGUGCGUCAUUGA